AUAACAUGCGGAAAUAGAUGGCGCACCCAUUUUUCUUCAUAGAAAGAUGGAAGUGUUUCUAUAUAAUUCUACAGUUUGUAGAUUAUGUGGUGAAGAAAAUGAUAAUGGAAAUUUAUUAUAUUCCUGUGAAGAAAAUAACCAAAACUUAAGUGAAAUUAUUAACUCAUAUUUACCGCUAAAGGUAGAAGAUGAUGGAGAACUUCCACGAACUAUUUGUCCAGGAUGCACUAUUCAACUAGAAGCUACAGUAGAAUUUCUUAAUUUGAUAAUUAAUGGACAGAAAAUAAUAAGAAAGUUACACCAACGAGAAAGGGAAUACAAAAGGAGUUUGAAGAUACUAAAUAGUUCAAACGCAGAAGGAUCUGAGGCCUCAGAUAAAGUGUUCUAUGAAGUUAACAGCAAUGAUGAUCGAGCACUCUGUGUUUACCAAGCCGAGCACCCAGCAUCCCUGCAAGUGGCAGGACUGGAAAAGCCUAAAAGAAAGCGAGGGCGGCCACCGAAGAAACCUAAAACCCCAGAGGAGCUUGCACAAGAGGCGGUUGCAAAGAUACAACAAACUUCUGCAACUAUACCCAAUGUAGAGAGGAAAGAUGAUGAAGAUGUAUCAGGAAAAAGAAGAAGAAAAGCUCCCACUAGGUUCAAAGAAGCAGUGCAGGGCAAAGAACUGGAGCGUAUAUUCCUCGAGGUAGGGGUGAUCGAUGGAUCCGAGAGUGAGCACGACGUGAAGCCGGUGGUGGAGCCUGCGCCGGCCGCUAACAAGGAGCCCGAAGUGAUUGGCCACAUCGACCAGUCUGGCGAGCUGGUGCUGCGCGUCAAGAACAAGGGACGCGGCAGGCCCAAAGGUCGCACGACGCAGACGCGUGAGGAGUGCGCCAUCUGUGGCAUGGAGUUCGUGUCGCGCGGCCGCUACAUGUCGCACGUGGCGGCGCACGGGCCCGUGCUGUACCGCUGCGGCUGCGGCGAGCCCUUCCCCACCCGCCUCACCUUCACACAGCACCAGACCGCCACGCAGCACACUGGCCGCAGCGUCGAGCCCCUGCCCGACACCGAGCCGCCGCAAGCUGCACCACAAGAUAGCGAGAUAAUCCCCAAAGUGGAGAAGCAACAAGACAACCUACCACCGUCACCCAAAGUAGAGUCUACCCAGGAGACCUCUCCUCCGCAAACAUCUACAUCGCAAGCUUUGCCUGAUCUUAAUGCGGAAGAAGACGAGGUUCAGCUGGCUCAACCCACUGACCCCCUGCAGAUUGACGACGGGGAAGUUAAUAAUGACUCAAUAACUGAAGUUCCUUUACAAAAAAUAGUUGAGGUGAAGCAAGGGAAGAAGAAAAUCAAGUGCAACAAUUGUGACAAGUUGUUCAGCAACAGACAGAGCAAGUCCUUACAUAAUAAGGCGGUUCACCUCGGCGAGAAAAACUACGCGUGCACGGAGUGCGACGCGCGGUUCUCGUACCCGCGCUCUUUAGCCGUGCACCGCGUGUCGCACCGCCGCGUCCGACCGAGCAGGGGCUUCGCGUGCGAUCUCUGCGGGAAGGUAUUAAACCACCCAUCGUCAGUGGUUUACCACAAGCAAGCGGAGCAUGCGGAACAACGCUACGUGUGCGGAAAAUGCGGAAAACACUUCCGCCACAAGCAGUUGCUGCAGAGACAUCAGCUCGUGCACUCGCAACUACGACCGUUUCACUGCAAGGUAUGCAACGCGUCGUUCAAAACGAAGGCCAACUUGGUCAACCACCAGCUGCUUCAUACCGGCGUGAAGAAGUUCACGUGUGAAAUUUGCAAGCAGAAGUUUGCGCAUAAGACCAGUCUAACACUGCAUAUGCGACUACACACUGGGUUAAAGCCGUUCACGUGCGUAACGUGCGGGAAGAGCUUCAGCCAAAAAGGCAACCUGUCCGAACACGAACGUAUUCAUACGGGUGAGAAGCCCUACCAGUGCACCAUGUGCCCGCGACGCUUCACCACUUCCUCACAACAUCGCCUGCACGCCAGGAGGCAUGCGGCCGACAAAGCGCACUGCUGCCUCAAGUGUGGCAAGCGGUUUGUGUCGCGAAACUCUUGGGCCCUACAUGUGCGUCGCUUUGACUGCGGCAACACAAGACAUAAUAAGCGGGCGAUGGAAAAGAACAAGCAAUCCCACAAACAAGUGAGCCUGCUAGUUAACGACAAAAACAACGCACAACAUGCACACACAGUGCAGCAGCAGAUACAGUUCGAGCCGCUGCAGCACAAGCUGGACAUGGAUGACGACAGCGAGGAGCGCGUCAUCUACGUCGCCUACGAUGCGGACGACUCGCAGACCGGCGCCUUCCACAUACUGGACCCCGAGCAGGCGGUGAACAUAGAAGAGAGCCGCAUGCUGUCGAGCUGCCAGCUGUACAGCAGCGCGGGCUCGUCGCUGCUGGUGCCGCGGCAGCUGCAGCCGCUGGUGCCGCAGCCGCUGCAGCAAGUGCAGCUGCAGCAGCUGGACAUGAAGCUGGAGACGGAGGAGCUGGAGCUGCACAUCGAAGAGGAGGAAGAGGAGGAGCUGAGCGACGGAACGAGCAUACCUGUAACGGACGAGCAAGGCAACCCGCUGCACUUCACUAUGCAAGACGGCACUAAACUUGCCAUCACUUCCAUGGACGGCAAAACCUUGCAGGUGAUCACGCAAGAUGGACAGACCAUACCGGUGGAAAUCAACGGCUACAAUGAAGAGGAAGUGCACAUCACAGAGAGCGCGGGCGCGGAGCCGGCGGUGCCUCAGCACGAAGUGCACAAGGCGGUGGACGCCAGCACCAUGCCCGUCACGCAUUACUUCACCAUCGUGUAGACGCGCCUUAGCGGGAACUAUAUCUCACCAACGCGCAACGUUGGUAAAACUCGAGCAUCGUCAGAGUAAAAUGAUUUAAAUGAUUUGAUUUAAUUGAUAUUAUAAUGAAAAAUGGACGUAAAGCUCUUGCUUUCAUUUUUUAAUAUCAAUUUAACAUAAUAAAAUAUAUAAAAUACCAUAUUU